AUGAACAACGAAACGACCGAGACAUGCAUGUUCUUCAUAGACGACUCCAACAUUUGGAUCGAGGCGCAAAAGUUCGCGGCGUCGGGCAACAGCCACAUGCCCAAGCUGACCGACAGCGACCGGGACCCGCGCCUCCGCAUCGACGUCGGCAAACUGAUCGACACGCUCCGCAAGGACCGCGUCCAGGGCCGGUCCUUCCUCUACGGGUCCCGGCCGCCCCCGAACGACUCGGUGUGGAAAGCGUACGAAAAGUUCAGGUUCCAGACCAAGAUCUACGACCGGUCCCAGGGCGGCAAGGAGAAAGAAGUCGAUAAUUCCAUGGCCACGGACCUCAGCUCCGAGGCUACCGAGCUCAGCAUCAGAGCCGAGUAUGACCCCAAGGUGAUGAAGCAGAAGAACGAGACGGUCUUUGUCGCAAUCACGGGAGAUCGUGACAUGCUGCCCGCGAUUAAGAAAGUACUGAAACACGAGAUCCGGGUGGAGCUCUGGGCCUGGAGGUCGGGCAUCUCCAAAGACUACCAGAGAUUGAGUUACGACAAUAGCCUCCUGUCCGUAGAGUUUAUGGAUGGGAUCUUCGGUAUGAUUUCGUUCACCAACUUCCAGUCCACCCGCCAAAACAAGUCGAACCACGUCGACCCCGGCCAGGCCAUCGUGCUUUGCGAAUUUGGUGACCUGAGCCUGAAUGACAUCGAACAUUUCAUCUGCGACCAGCUUCUCCAGCUAGGUCGUCUGUUCUACAUCACCCGCUCGCAGACAGAGACCGAGAUGUUCGUCGAGUUCCCCAAGGUCGAGAAUAUCGAGGCGAUGGUUCUGAAAGCUGGAGAAUUAUUCGACGGCAUACUGAAAGUGCGGUCCUGGCCAGAGUACGCGAACAGUGCCAACAAGAACCUACCGGUCUUGGUCGAGACGAGCAACAUGUAUACGCCAUUGACGGGGGAGAAUGGGCAAUUUGCAACCACCGCCUCACCGAAAGGAGGAUACAGGGCUCUCAAUGGACUUGGGGUCAGUGACUCUGGGGAGAUACAAGGCCUGAAAGACCCCGACAACAACGACGGCUGGCAGACCGUCGCCCGGUCCGACCUCGGCAAGGAUCAUCGGCGUGGCCUGCGCCAGACUCAGAGAUGCCCCGAGCGCAUCCGUUGCAAGAAGAGGGGAGAAUGUGGGUACCGACACACUGACGAGGAGCGCGAUCUGUUUCGAGACAUGCCCAACCAGAACUUUGGGCUGUGGAAGACAAAGGCGUGCAACAACGUCCCGUAUUGCCGCCGCGGCAAGCGAUGCGGGUUUGCUCAUAGCGCAGCCGAAGCAUGGUGCCUUAGGUGUCGUCUGGAGGGUCACUACACAGAGAAAUGUCGGUAUAAAGGCUAG